GGGCUGAUGGGAGGUGUAGUUCUCCGGCCGGCCGAGCGCGGAGCGGGCGGCCGCGAGCAUGGCGGGCCUGGAGCUCUUGUCGGACCAGGGCUACCGGGUGGACGGACGGCGCGCCGGGGAGCUGCGCAAGAUCCAGGCGCGGAUGGGGGUGUUCGCGCAGGCCGACGGCUCGGCCUACAUCGAGCAGGGCAACACCAAGGCGCUGGCGGUGGUGUACGGGCCGCACGAGAUCCGGGGCUCCCGCUCGCGCGCGCUGCCCGACCGGGCCCUGGUGAACUGCCAGUACAGCUCGGCGACGUUCAGCACAGCCGAGCGCAAGCGCCGGCCGCACGGGGACCGCAAGUCCUGUGAGCUGGGCCUGCAGCUGCGCCAGACCUUCGAGGCGGCCAUCCUCACCCAGCUGCACCCACGCUCCCAGAUCGACAUCUACGUGCAGGUGCUGCAGGCGGACGGGGGCACCUACGCGGCCUGUGUGAACGCGGCCACGCUGGCAGUGCUGGACGCCGGGAUACCCAUGCGGGACUUCGUGUGCGCCUGCUCGGCCGGCUUUGUGGACGGCACAGCGCUGACGGACCUCAGCCACGUGGAGGAGGCGUCGGGCAGCCCCCAGCUGGCUCUGGCCCUGCUGCCGGCCUCCGGCCAGAUCGCGCUGCUGGAGAUGGACGCUCGCCUGCACGAAGACCACCUGGAGCAGGUGCUGGAGGCGGCUGCGCAGGCUGCGCGCGGCGUGCACACCCUGCUGGACCGCGUCGUGCGGCAGCACGUGCGCGAGGCCUCCAUCCUGCUGGGGGACUGAACAGCGGCCGCCGGGCCCGUGCGGACCUCUCCCACGCGUGACCUGCUCCGGAGUCGCACCUGGAGGGCCGGUGCGGUGCGCGCAGGCGGCGGGAGGCGGCUGUGGGCGCUGUGGGCUGGACUGAGCAGCCCCUUCCCCCAGGAGACCCUGGGCCGUUCUGUCCCUUACCUUGAGCUCUAAAAGUACCACAACCUCGUG